UCGGUCACAUGAUGUAAUCUAAUGUUGGCCGGAAGUCAUAUAUUCUGAGAAUUGCUGAGAUUAUGUGCCACUUUGUUGUUGUUUUUAUUUUGACUUUAUCAUCAAUAUGUUUAGAAAAUUCACAUGGAAAACGUGUAGAAGGAAAUCUUGUUACAACAGAGAAUUGGCAGUUCCUUACAAGAUUUUGUUUUCUGUCUAAGAAAGGCACGCUUGAAUACUUUUUUGAAUAUCCACAGAGUUAUGCCAGACAGGAUUUAUUGCUGUACUUUGAUAACAAAUGGGAUGAAGCUUACAAAACUGGAAAGACAUGUCAAGAGCAAGUGUCUUUAUUGAGUUGGGUAGACAACCAGAUUAUACCACUAGACAACUCUGGUGUUGGGAACUGUACCCCUGUCAAUAAAACUGAUGGUAUGUACUGGAACUGUGUCAGGAAAGUUACAUUCUCAUCGUCAAGAGCAAAAUGGUGGUUUAUAGCUAUGGGAAAUUGCAAUUCACAGAAAGGUUUAAAGAUAGUUUACAGUUUGCAUAUGAUGAAUGGAGAGGAUGGGGAAUUGUUGCACCAUGAAAAUUCUGCUGAUCAAUUCUAUAUAUUACCAAUAGUAAUUACAUUUUUCCUGCUUUAUAUGGGUUUAGGAGCUUUAUGUUCUGCAGUGGGAUAUGUGUUAAGUACACAGCAGUUAUUCCAUACAACAUACAAAAUGUAUAUUUUUUGUAUCUACUCCAACUGUUUUGGGUUGUUUUUAUUGGUGAUUGGAUGGGGGAAAUAUGCUAACACAGGAUAUGAAGAAACAGGGACAUGGCUAGCAGGACGUUUGUUCCAAGCAAUGAGUGAUAUAAUGUUUGUCCUGAUGUUGAUACUGAUGGCUAACGGUUAUACAAUAGUUAGAGGAAAGCUCUCCACACCAUUAUACAUUGUCCUUGCAGUAUUCUUUAGUAUAUUCACACUGACAUAUGCAGUUCUGUUUGUGUAUGAGGCAGAGGUGUUUGACCCAGGAGAAGUUUUGUACAUCUACGAGAGUCCAGCUGGUUAUGGACUGAUAGCCCUCCGUCUGGUUGGGUGGACAUUCUUUUGUGUUUCUCUCAUUGUUAACUUAGUAACACAUUCCAGGAAAACCUGGUUCUACAUUCCAUUCUUUAUUUAUUAUACAUUAUGGUUUUGGGCUGGCCCUAUCACCAUACUUAUUGCUAUGUUUGUUAUUAAUUUGUGGGUCAGGGAGCAGACAGUCACUGGUGUUUCAAACUUUGUUACUAUUUGUGGACAUGUAUUUUUCUUGUUGUUAACCAGACCUGGAGCUGCUAACAAAAAUUUUCCUUACCAUAUAAAAACUACACAAAUUGGAAUGAUGGACGGCACAGAGAAAGAAGCAGAUGCCAAUAGUCCAUAUGAAGUAGGAGAAACUAUGAAUGUUCAUGGUCCUGACCUACAGAGUCUCUUUGUGACGGACAGACGGAGUAGUAGGCUAGAUCAAACACUGUUAACAGAUAAACCUCCAAGAGAUAGAAAUGGACAGUUGCCAUCAUUGUCAAACGGAAAUUCAUCUAAUGGUAGGUUACCUUCCUUGGAUCAGAGGAGUAAUAAGUUACCUCCCUUAGACAGAAAUGGAGCUUUACCACCAAUAGGAAACCACGACCAUAUUGAGGCUUCAGCACCUCCGCCAUCAUAUGAAAUGUUUUCAACAGGCAGAUUCAACAAUGAAUAACAAUAAUAUUUAUGUUUGCAUAAUGCAUAAAAAAAUAUUAAAAAAAAAAAAAAGAAUACUCGUUUAUUCUUCCACAGAAACAUUUUUUUAAAGUUUCAAAAGCACUAGUUUAUUUACCUAAAAUUUAUUUUAAGAAGUUGAUAUUAUUUAAAUUAAUUGAUUAUCCACAAAAAAUAAAUAAGAAAAUAGAAUACUCCUUCAUUCUUCCACACAAGCAAGUUUUUUAAUGUUUUGAAGAGCAUUGCUUGAUAAAUUACAUUUUUUUUUUUUUAAAGUUUUUAAGUUUUGAAGAGCAUUAUUUUCUAUGUAAAGGUUGAACUAAUCUCCUUUGUAUUUUUUUUUUAUUAAAAUAAAACCAAACCCAUUUGUAACAUGUUGUAAAACACCUUAUUGAAGACAAAGUUUUAUAGAUAUGAUUUAAAAAAUGUGUAAAUAAUGUUUGUAAUUUGUUGAAGUUUACAUUAUUUAUAUCAGUUUAUAAUAUUUGUUAAAUUGCCUCUUGUGAGGUUGUUGUAAUUUUGUAUUGCAUUUUAUGAAUUAUAUACUGUUUUCAAUGUUUUAUGUAAUAUACUUUUUAUAACUGUCUUGUCUACAAUAUUGACAGAUCCUUUACUGUACACGACAUGUUUGGUCCUUUUCUUUGUAUAGGCAGGGACCAAGUUUGUUCUACCCAAGAAAUAAGGUUUCCUUUUCAAACAAAUCUUGUUGGCUAACUACCCUUUUAAUAGAGUAAAUAUAUUGUUAAUCUGAAGAUAGAAAAUAUGAUGUAUUAGAAAACAGACACAAUAAGAUUAACUUAAUAGGAUAGUUCCGUUAAAGGAAAAGGGGUGACCAAAUAUUGAGGCAGUUUUCUCUUUUAUAUUCGCUGUAAAAUAUUUGACAACCAUCCAUUUAUAAGUGCCUUCCCUUAGUCCCAUAUAUGUUUUUGUAAAACAGCCCUUAAUGGUAUCUGUUUAUGAUUGACAUAUGAAAUGCCUAUCUAUAUGUAUGUAUAUCAUAACAUUCCAUCAAUAUUAACAUUGUUCAUUUUACUUUUUCAUACAAUUAUUUUAUUUAUAUAUGAAUAUAAUGUUUGGUCAUAAUAACAUUUGUUCUAGAGAUUUUGAUUUUCAACUUAAAGCAUAAUGUCAAAAAAAUGAUAAAUUCAAUAAACAAAUGUGUAAGAAUAGUAUGGUAAGCUCAAAAUAACCCAAAUUCAGGCAAGUAGGGAUAAGAGAGAAAGAUUUGACUGUUGAUUCAUCCAUACCUAGCCUGUGACUUUGUUAUUGCAAAUUGGAGGAUCUUUGAAAAUGCUAAAUAAAAAAUGUUGACCUAAAAA